AUGGGAUCUGCAUCGUCCGCCUACCAGCCCAGAGCCAUCUUCUUGGACAUCGAGGGACGCAUACAAAAGGUGCUUUUCAGCCGCUAUUGCAGCCCGAGUGACAUCAGGGAGCUGCUGUGCAACACAGCUGGACUAGCUCGGAGUGCGGCGAUUUCUCUGCUGGAUUCAGACAAUGCCAUCAUCUCCAUUGAUCCCACUAUGCCUUCAAACACAGAAAGCACUCCAUACAGGGUCAUCACCUUGCCUGGUGCGCAAUUAUCAGAGAAAGAUGAAGUUUUCCAGAGUGUUCUGGCUCAGGUUGCAGAACAAUUCUCCAGGGCUUUCAAGAUUACAGAACUGAAAUCCGAAGUUACCAAUCGAUUGGCCAUUCUGGAGAAGAGAGUGGAGUUGGAAGGGCUGAAGGUCGUUGAAAUCGAGAAAUGUCGAAAUGACAUUCGAAAACUACGCGAUGAAAUAGCAAAAAGAAGUGACGGAACAACCUGUCCUCUAAAAUACAGCUUACUGGACCAGAAGAAGUUGAUCCCACGCCGUGAUGUUCCGUCAUUUUCAAAGUACGUGCUCUCUGAAGAGACCAUUCAGACGCUCAGGAAACCAACGUUUGAUGCCUGGUAUUGGGAGGCCAAUGAAAUGCUGAGCUGCUUGGAGCACAUGUACCACAGCCUGGGGCUGGUCAAAGACUUUAGCAUCGACCCCAUAACUCUGAAGAGGUGGCUGUUGUGUGUUCAUGAGAAUUAUCGGAACAACCCAUUUCACAACUUCCGUCACUGCUUCUGUGUCACUCAGAUGAUGUACAGUAUAAUCGAGCUAUGUCAACUGCAGGAGAAGUUGACCCAGGUUGACAUCCUCACACUGAUGAGUGCCGCUGUGUGCCAUGAUCUCGAUCACCCAGGUUACAACAACACGUAUCAAAUCAAUGCUCGCACUGAGCUUGCAGUCCGCUACAAUGACAUCUCACCUCUGGAAAACCAUCACUGCGCUGUGGCUUUCCAGAUCUUUUCGCAGCCCGAGUGUAACAUUUUCAACAACAUGGACCCGGAGAUUGCUAAACAGAUCCGACAGGGUAUCAUCACACUGAUCUUGGCCACAGAUAUGGCUCGGCAUGGUGAGAUUCUCGAUUCAUUCAAACAAAAGAUCGACAACUUUGAUUUCACCAACAAGGAUGACGUGACUUGUUUACAAAUGGUUCUGAUCAAAUGCUGUGACAUCUCAAAUGAGGUGAGACCAACUGACGUGGCAGAGCCCUGGGUGGACUGCUUGCUGCAGGAAUACUUCAUGCAGAGUGAUCGGGAGAAAGCCGAGGGUCUCCCUGUUGCACCAUUCAUGGACAGAGACAAGGUGACCAAAGCCACGGCACAGAUCGGCUUCAUCAACUUCGUACUGAUCCCACUGUUUGAGACGGUGAUGAAACUUUUCCCACAGAUUGAAGAUUCCAUGGUGCAACCACUGCGAGAUUCACGGAAUCACUACGAAGAGCUAAAGCAAAUCGAUGACACUUUGAAUGAGGUGCAAAAGAAGAAAAAUGAAUCCUUAACCCUAGGAAAUAAAAAGAAGUGA